UUUUCUUCCUUUGUGUAUCACCGAAUCCAAACAUUCCAGUAGUACAACAUCUCAGCUUCGUGUACCUCUUUUUCUUCCAUAAAUCGCACCUACUUGGGUUCUACUCUUCUUGAGAAGAGUCCAAUUCCAGAAUUGUUUUGUAUUUCUACUUAAAAGAGAAGUGACUGACACAGUGAGGAAGGCUUUGGGAGAAGAUGAAGUUAUGUGGUUCGUUGUUGUUUCUCAGUCUAAUUUUAAUGGUCUCUUUCGCGACUUGUGAUACGGUUCCCUCAAAUGAAGUUUGGGCGCUGACAACCUUUAAGGAGGCUGUAUAUGAAGAUCCAUACCUCGUGCUGUCCAACUGGAAUACGCUAGAUUCAGAUCCCUGUGAAUGGUUUGGCGUUUCUUGCACUAAAGAUCGAGAUCAUAUCAUUAAGCUAAAUAUCUCGGGUUCAUCAUUAAGAGGAUUUCUAGCACCUGAAUUGGGACAAAUCACCUACUUACAAGAACUGAUUUUGCAUGGCAACAAUUUGAUUGGAACAUUACCUAAAGAAUUGUUCACCUUGAAUUCUCUCAAGGUCUUGGAUUUGGGGAAGAAUCAAUUAUCUGGACCAAUUCCUCCAGAGAUUGGGAAUCUAGCUCAAAUUGUUCAAAUAAACCUGCAGUCCAAUGGGUUGACCGGUAGGCUACCUGCAACGCUUGGAAAUUUGAGAAACCUUCAAGAACUUAGGCUGGACAGGAAUAAACUUCAAGGACCAGUUCCUGCUGGCGGGAGUUCAAACUUAUCCCCAAAUAUGCGUGGAAUGUAUGCCUCAAAUGCAAAUUUAACUGGUCUCUGUCGAUCGUCUCGGUUAAAAGUUGCAGAUUUUUCAUACAACUUCUUUGUAGGUGGCAUACCUGCUUGCUUGGAGUAUCUACCCAGGUCUAGCUUUCAUGGGAACUGCUUCCAAAGCAAAGAAUUAAAGCAACGUACUUCAUUGCAAUGUGCUGGUGCUUCACCUGCCAAGAGCCGUUCUGUGGCCAGUCCAAAGCAUCGGCCUGCUGAAUAUGAGUCCAGGCAUCAUAGAUCAUCCCAACCUGCCUGGCUUUUGGCUUUAGAAAUAGCGACAGGAACCUUGGUUGGUCUUAUCUUUCUGGUUGCAGUUCUCGCCGCUCUUCUUAAAUGUGACAACAAAUCAUCUAUCAUUUGGCCUUGGAAGAAAUAUGCGAGCCGGAAGGACCAUAUGACAGUAUAUAUAGACUCUGAGAUGCUGAAGGAUGUGAGGAGUUUCAGCAGACAAGAGCUUGAAGUUGCAUGUGAAGACUUUAGCAACAUUAUUGGGUCCUCACCUGAUAGUGUAGUCUACAAGGGCACCAUGCAAGGCGGGCCUGAGAUUGCUGUAAUUUCUCUCUGCCUUAAGGAGGAGCAUUGGACAGGAUAUCUUGAGCUCUAUUUUCAGAGAGAGGUGGCAGACUUGGCAAGAUUAAAUCAUGAGAACACUGGAAAACUCCUGGGAUAUUGUAGAGCGAGCUCUCCAUUUACAAGGAUGCUGGUUUUUGAGUAUGCUUCAAAUGGAACACUCCAUGAGCACUUACAUUAUGGAGAAGGGAGCCAGAUAUCAUGGACACGGCGUAUGAAAAUCAUUAUUGGCAUUGCGCGUGGACUGAAGUAUCUUCACACAGAAGUUGACCCUCCAUUCACUAUAUCAGAGCUGAAUUCUAAUGCUGUAUACCUUACAGAAGAUUUUUCCCCUACGUUGGUUGAUUUUGAGAGUUGGAAGACGAUACUGGAAAGGUCAGAAAAGAAUUCUGAAUCUGUUGGAAGCCAAGGUGCUGUUUGUGUUCUUCCACAUUCUCUUGAGGCACGCCAUCAUGAUCCCCAGGGAAAUGUAUAUGCUUUUGGUAUACUUCUGUUGGAGAUAAUAAGUGGGAGGCCUCCAUAUUGCAAGGAUAAAGGGUCCUUAGUAGAUUGGGCCAAGGAGUAUCUAGAAAUGCCAGAGGUGAUGUCAUAUGUGGUGGAUCCAGAGUUGAAACAUUUCAGAUACGAGGACCUUGCAGUAAUAUGCGAGGUAGUAAAUCUUUGUAUCAAUCCAGACCCCACCAAGCGGCCAUCUAUGACAGAAAUAUGUAGCAUGCUGGAAAUCAGGAUUGACACAUCAAUGAGCGUGGAGUUCAAGUCUUCAUCUUUGGCUUGGGCUGAACUUGCACUUUCAUCAUAAAUGAUUCUUCACUACUAACAAAAUACGCUACUAAUACAUCUUACCCUACAGCAUCUCGUUGUAUAGCAAUGGCACUGGCAGUGGCAGAUUAAUAGAACAGUGCACCGAUCAGUGUUUCCCUUUCUGUUCCAUAGGAGUUUUAAGAUGAAGUAUGGGAUCAGGGAGAUUUCUCUGCAUGUUUGUGUAUCAAGGUUAGGCAUUGGAAAAUAUUCCGUCUGCCAUUGCUUGUAUGAUUGACACAGUAUAAAAUUGGCACGGUGUAUAUAUGGUGCAUUAAUUGAAAUGCGAAUCUUUUUGUUUCCUCUAA